UCGAGUUUAGAUUUUACUAAACGUACUUCUUUGUGUCUUACUGCGAUUCUCUGUAAUUUGCUCACCUUUUAGUUCAUUGCUAUGUGACAAUUAUUAAUCGGAAUUAAUUACCAUGUUUUGUGUAACAACCUUAUAACAUGUCUGAAGAAAUGGACUCGAAUGUAAACAACCUCUCCGCUACCGGAGAGGGUUUUGAGGUAUCCCAAUCAAGUUCCUUGUAUUUAGAAAAUAAUAGUGUCCCCUCUCCCGGCAGAGAGUGCUCACAGCCUGCUGCCGUAGAUGAGGCUGAAUUAAGCGAUAUGUCUAUAGAAAACGAUCUCGUAUCUUCCACCAACAACGAGGAUCAAUCGCAACUAAGUUACUGCAACUUGGAUGUAGGCAGUGAAGUGAACAUCAACGAAGAUGAGCCGGACGACCCUAACACCACAUUUGAUCUUGGAAACGAGGCCAACUCUGAACCUAAUAAUUUACAUGAAGAAGAUUAUGUGCAAGGACAAAGUAAUGUAGUAAGUAACGAUGUAGACAAGGACGUGGAAAUGCCGGAAGACGACACCGUGGACGUAGAAACAGUGAGCAGCUCAGAAGUAUGUCAGUCAGGAGGCUUGUCCCCGCCACCAGAAGGUUUACCUUCAACUCCUGUAGGUUCCUCUCCUUCAAAACAGGGUAGAGGAAGGGGCAGAGGCCGAGGAAGAGGACGGGGAAGAGGGAGAGGCCGAGGUAAGGGUAGAGGUAGGAAAUCAGUACCAUAUAGCGAUUCAACCUCUACUAACUAUGACACAGACUUGAACAGUGAUAUUAGUGCAAAUAUAAGUUCAGAAACCUUACCCGAGAAUACCCCACAAUCCCCUAAGAACAAUAUUGAUACAACUGAAACUGAGACAAAUGGCUUACUUGCAUCGCCAAGUCAGACUAUAGACACUUCCACUGAACAAGUCCCUGUAACUAGAAAAAGAGGCAGGAGGAAGAGAGAGUCACCUGUUAUAGGUGAUACUUUUAGCUUGGAAAGUCCGGAAGCUGUAAGCCCAAAAAUUUCUCGUCGAAGAGCUCCACCAGCUGUUAAAAACAUGGAAAGCUCACAAAAUCCAGUCGUUGAGAAUCCAAGAGUUUCCCGUAGACGAGGUCGGCCAAGAAAAAAUUCAAGUGUAAGUGAUAUUGCUGAAAACAAAACAACAGUCAAUGGGAAUUCUUUACCUGUCAAUGCCAGUUCUGCUGAAAUGAAAGACCUUAAUAAAAUGGUAGAAAAUUUGUCUCAACUUGAAGACAAGUUGCGUAAAUUACAAGAUAAUCUUUCAAAUAUAGAGAAGAUAGAAGAAGAUGAUGAUGAUGAUGAGGAAGACAUGUGUUUAAGUCAGCUGAAAACAUCAAUUGAUUGUGAAAAAGCAUCUGAAACCAAAGACCUCAUUUUGCAGGGGUUGCAAGAAAUGCCUUCUUCACCAUUGGCUGCACCUGAGACAGAUUUAAAUAAUGGAAUUAUGGCAAGUGGCAGCACUAUAUCUGAGACAGUCACUCAGGCUGAGGUCAUUAAAGACAAUGAGGCUACCACAACAGAAAACAACAUUGCAUUGACAGAAAAUGAUACAACAGAAAAUGCUACUACAGAAACUGUUACUAUAGAAAAUGCAACUCCAGAAAAUGUCUCAGCAGAAAAUGCCACAGCAGAGAAUAUAGACAGUGAAAAUAAAAAUAAGCCUAUGGAUAAUAAUGAAUCACUUCUUGUUGAAGAUACAUCAAAGAGACCUAAGAGGAGAAAUGCAAGGAAGACAUUUAAAUACAGAAAUGAUGAUGAUUCUGAUGAAGAUCCAUUUGCUAAUGUUGAGCUCUCAGAUGAUGAUGAACCAAGGAGAAAAAAGAAAAGCGGCAGGUACAACUCGGAUGAUGAAUACAUACCAGGAAGAAAAGGUAGGACUAGCUCCAUAGACUCCUCAGAUAGUGCAGUCGGUGAGGCACUAGAUGAGUUAGAAGAGCUGAAAAUGACAAAAAAACGAGGAAAAAAGAAAAAAGAAAUUCAAGUAGAAGAACAGAAAAUGCCCCUAAUUUCAGAAGUAGUUAGCCAGAGCCCUAUGAAUUCAUCGAGUCGGAAUUCAGUUGAAGAUAAAAAAGAGCCUUGGAGGUUUUCUCCAGAUACAGUUGAAGAUUUGUGUGAGGUUACUGAAGUGCAACCACCUGAUGAAAUCAAACCUACAAAACCUCCACAGUCAUCUAAUGCUUGGGGUUCAAGUACAGAGUUUGAAAACUUCCUUGCAAAGAAAAUACAGGGUACCAAUUUGAAAAUUAAAAAAGUACCUAAACAUCUACCAAACUCAUCACCAACUGUAGUAAAAAUCCCCGUCUUAGAGGCAAGUGAAGUUAAGAAAAAAGUAGAAGCUUCUUCACAAACCAACAAAGUCCAGACAGAAACUAUAAGUACUCAGACUAGUGGGCCUUGCACACUUUCAAUGAAGACCAAUGUUCCUUUAAAUAGUGAACAAUCAGAGAAUGCAUGCAAUUUCCUUACUAGCAUUGUGAAAACAACUUCAGAAUUAGGAACCUUGAUGACUCAAAAGUCUGAUGAUUUUAUACAAAAGAAAAUAAACACUGCUAAUGUGGUUGACACUUUUAAGAUUGACUAUUGUGUCAAGAAAUCAUUUUUACUACUGAAGCUUGCCAAACAUAAUAUUAUGCAAAUGGAAGAAGACUUAUCCAACCAAUAUGAAAAGUUUCUACAAGAAAACAACCUAUCAUCAUACAGAGAACAAGAGAAGAAAUUGGAACCUACAUCUAAGAAGGAAAAACAAGAUAGUGAUAGUGACUGUGAAAUAGUUGGGGAAACUAAGCCCUCAACACAGCCCCAAAAGGUUGUAGUAAAACAAGAAAGUAAACCCAAAUUCAACCCGAAGACAGUAUUUCUAAAUAAAGAACUAUCCAUCAAAAUUGCUAAAAAACCAACUGAAGAAGUGAAGAGUAAUAAAAAUCUAAAUAUCAAAGGCAGACACACUGUGUGGAUCAGUGAUUCAGUGAUGGUAAAGAAAGUAAAGGGCUCGCAGUCUUUUUUAGCCCAGGACAGCCGAAAUAAAAAACCACCUGAUAAUAAGAUUACUGAACAAAUGGUAAGUGAUUUUUUUGAGGAUUAUUACCGCCAGAAGGCAUUAUUUGCGUGUGCUCCAUUUGUAUCCACGGAAUGGUCUAACUGGCGGCACAACAGUUACGUCUGCCAAUAUUUUACUGUUGAACCUGAUAAUCUUACAAAUGGUAAUAUUUCUAGAACUGAGGAGAUAUUCACGGACAAUGACAAUAACCCUAGUGUGAGUGAAAGUGGCAAUGAACUUAGUGAGAAAAUAAAAUGUGAAGUUAGCAAAUUGUCCAACCCAACAACACUAUUAUCAAUUUGCUUGAAGAAUCUGCAUGAACACUUUUUUCCGGAACCCAGUGAUGUGAAUAACAUCAGUCCUGAAUACACAAACAAUAAUAAUUCAGCUUUGGUUUAUCAGCCAAAAACGCUAUUUUCUUCAUGCUGUGAACAUUUGAAGAAAAUUCAGCAACAUCUGAAGACACAAAGUAAGUUGUCAGCAAACUCUCCAGUGCUUGUAACACAAAAUAUACCUGCUUCAGAAGUUUCUGAAAGUUCAGAUGAAGAUGAAGACAACUCGGAAGAGAACAUUAGUUUUGAAAAUGCUUUAGAAUUUCUAUCCCAGCCUAUCCCUUCUUUAUUUUCUUUGUGCUGUGAACAUUUGAAAAAAAAUCAGCAACAUUUGAAGACACAAAGUAAGUUGUCAGUAAACUCUCCAGUACCUUCUUCAGAAGUUUCUGAAAGUUCAGAUGAAGAUGAAGACAACAUAGAAGAGAACAUUAGUUUUGAAAAUGCUUCAGAAUUUCUUUCCCAGCCUAUCCCUUCUUUGAAAGCAUUGUGUUUUUCAAAAAUAAUCGAACUUGACUUUAUAAAUACUGUCAUAUCUAAUAGUGAAAUUGAUGAAACUGAAUAUUGUGAAAGUGACUUUUCGUGUGAAGAAUAUAGCCAAGUAAAUUCUCUGUUGACUUUAUGUGUCCAAGUAAUCCAAAAAAAUCAAAUAAUUUUAAAGCCUAUUAAACAAAGUGAUUUUUGUAUUAAGGACACUUUAUCAUUUAGAUCUCCAAAUUCUUUGAAGCAUAUUUCUUUUAAAUGUGUAAGAAGUUUACUAAACAAAUGUGUUAAAAUUGACACUGAUAAGAUACAAAAAGGGAUUGUAUCAGUUUUGACUCCCUACAAAGUGAAAAAGCUAGCCAAUAUAUGCUUUGAAAUUGUAUGUAAAUUGUAUGAAGCUGAUGAUUCUCAAGUAACUGAAACUGCUGAGGCCCCACCGAUAGCAUUAACUAUAAAUGCUGUAAAUACACUCUCAGAAGAAGCAUUCCUUAAUAUUGAUGAAAAUACAAAUGAAGAAAAUAAUUCAGAUUAUUAUGAAGAUGAUGGUGGCACUUUUUAUGAGGAUGAAUCCAUGGAACCCAAUUACAAUGAAGAUGAAGAUGCCAAUCAAAGGAAAAAUGAAAAUUGGCUAUCUAAAGUACAGUUAAAAGAACUUUUGUCUUGUGCUAUACCUAACAAACAGAAAAAUGGUUCAAAAUCAGUUUCAGAAAAUGAAAAUAAUCAUGUAGCAGCCGAGAAUUAUCCUCUUAUUGCGAAUAUUAAAACAGAACCAGGUUUAGAGGAGGCACCUGCUAUUGCUGAGAACUUAGUUCCAUUUAUUAAAACUGAACCAGAUAAUUAUGUUGAUCAAAUGACUAUCAUACCAGAAAGUGUUGUUACAAAAACUGAAUCUUUUGAUAAUGUUGAUCCAUUACCUGUUGGUCGAGAACCAAUUCAGAGACAAAAUAGUGCUAGUUUUGACGAAGAAAAUUUCGAGAAUUUUGUAAGAUCUAAUAAAAUGAUACAUGCUAUUAAUACUUAUGAAAAUGAGAAUGAAGAAGCAUUUAGUCAAAGUGCAUUGCGAGUCCGCAGACAGCAUGAACCUGAUUCCGAUAAUGAAAAUGACACGAGUAUGAGUUUACUUAUACCACACACAUUCGAGGCUCUCACUGUUGAAACAGCUAAAGGAAGCCUCCUGGAAAACAGCGAGAGUGACAGUGAAAAUGUUGGUAAAAAGAUCAAACGAAAACCUGGUAGACGUAAAACAAAGAAACCUGAGCCACCUAAACAAGCCAAAGAAGUACCUGCAAAGGAAAGUAAAGAAGUACCCACAAAAGACGUCCAGCCGAAAGAGAACAAAGAGGCACCGUCUAAAGACAAACCGGUUGCUGUUAAUGAACUAGCCAUGCUAACUAGACGAAUGCGAGAACGAAUUAGGCAAGAAGAGAAAAAAGGCGAGUUAUCAGACUCUGAUUCUGAAAAUGUAGCACAAACCUCAAAACAAGAAAAGGAAACAAAGAAAGAAACGAGACGUACACGAUUGGCGGCUAAAAAUAAUAAGCCGGUAGAUGAUGAGAUACAGUGCAAUAAUGUAGAUUCGACAGAGCAAAUAAGAGAUACUACUGCUAAUAAAUCAAAGGAAGAAAGUGGUAAAAAUCUCAGUGAAGAUAAUAAAUUCACUGGAUUUACUGCGGUUGAUCAAAAUGAAAUCUCUACUUAUCAUAAAUAUGUUAAAUAUGUCUAUGACCAAAUUUUACCAAAAGUAAAUGAAGAUACUGAAACGAAAACUACAGACAAUAAAUCAAACAAAGAUGAAACAACAAAGGAGACUGAAAUUUCAAAGAAAAUGAUAAAUUAAAAAAUAGUGGAAAAGAGACAGAAGAGAUAAUAAGUUCACAGGAACCAAUAGAACUUUUAGAAUGCACACCUACAAUGCCAAUGUUUGAAGAAGAAGAUGAGGAAGCUAAACCUAAUCGGAAACCUACCACUAAAUCACCAGGCAAGAAGAAAGAAGCCAAACACUCUAAAGAAGAACCAGUAAAAAAAGACAAAGAUGAUACUAAGCAUGAUAAUAAUGCAAAAAAAGAACUACUUGUCAAAGAAACUACGAACGAAUUAUACACUGAACACAAUGGAUGGAAAUGUUAUCCGAUUCUCAGUAGCGAUACAAAACUGUAUGAACAACUCCCCAUUAUUCCCCUGGAGAAAUUACCAGAAUCAUUUGUUCAGACAUAUUUUGAAUAUCAGGAAAUAGCGACAAAAAGCAAAGAUGACGAAGAAAUUGAUAGAUUAAUAAAUCUUCAGUCUUUGAAUAGAUUAUCUAGUGUGAAGAAACCUAGAGUUCGGAAAGAAAAAGUAGGAGGCGAAGAACAGGAAAAGUCUCCUCAAGAUGAUGAUGAACGAUCGGAAACUCCUGCAGAUCCAGGACAUUACAAUGAGUUGUCUCCUUCUGAAGAUGAGGCUGAUCACUAUGAGGACGAUUUUACUGCACCAGGCCCCGAUGCAACGGAAAAUAAUCUGGCAAAGAAUUCUCUCAUGAAUGAUGAUGAUGAUGAAGACGACACACCGCUAUCUCAGAGAAAAAUUAAAAAAGAAGUAGAUACCGGCGCCACUUACAAAAAGAAGAGGCCUGGCCCGAAAUCCAAAACAGUUGAUAUAAAACAGGAACAUCCAGAUUCAUUAAUGCUCACUGCAGACAAGAUGAUGAAUAAGGAGCUGACUCUGUUGCACGCACCAGUUGUUUUAGACAAUGAAAAUGCUAAAACACCUGUUAAAGGUCCUGUCUCCAGAAAU